UUGAACAUGAACAUUAUUUUGACAUUUGGUCAAAUCCCACCAGGUGAGCGAUACAGGCCCCAUGGGCCUCUUGGUAUCACAGUGUAGAAACUGUUUUUGCAUCGUUUGGUGACUUUUAACAACACGUGGUAGCCACGUGUUUUUGUUUACGUUUACGCUCGAGGUGUUGCGAGCCAGGAUGGCGUGUUCACCCAAUUCUGGGUGAGUGCCUGUUUCUAACGUUGAGACUGAUUUGGUGCACUCACAGCCAAAUUCUGGGUUGCGCCAUGACUUUAUAGGCAAUUCUGCCAUUUAUACGUCUAACCUAAGUGGUUCCGGUCAUAAUGAGGUAAUUCUACCUCGGGACAAUGAUGCCAUCGUUACAGAGGCCAUUGUUGAGAAUAUUGAUAGCCGCCAUUGUGGACCUUCAUUUCCGGCAUCUUCAACAGAACAGAACAGUCGUGCGCAGGCACACUCUUCAGAUGAUACAGUUUCUGCGGGACAGAGCCCUAGAAACAUGGCGGACUUCCGUCGUAUGUUUGACGUUUUUCAACAGUACAUGUCAGGGUUCUUAUCAGAUGGGAAUAACCCUGCUCCUAAUGCAACGAGUUCCAAUGACGUUCUUGGGGACAGUCUGGACGCCUUUGUCAGCCAGAAUGAGGUGCAUAGUCCUGUUGAGGACAUGCAAGAUGCCGAUCUUGUAAUGGAAUUAAACGAAUACUUCGCAAACGAGGACAAGUGUGGUCCUAACAUUUCGGACGGCCUCGCCAGUGCUGUAAGCAAUGGUUUUCGUAUUAAAAUACCAAAGGAAAAAAGGAAAGCCCUUCUUGACCUCAACAAAUGGCCGGGGAAUUGUAACUCACUUAAAACGCCCCGGGUAAACAAAGCCGUGUGGCAGAGCAUGACUCGGAGCGCAAGAGAUACAGAUGUCGGUAUGCAGAUUUUGCAGAGCACUGCAUGUUCUGUUACAUACCCUCUACUGGGUUUGAUCGACCAGUUAAAUAUUUGCAGAAAGGAGAACCGUCCGAUUUUUGGUGGAGAAAUUACGUCAUGCAUUAAAUGGCUAUGUAUUCAUUCAAAUUGGUACAUAUUUGACAGUCAGACGUCGGGAGGCUAUUCAGCAACAUUUACACCCAUCUUACAAAGAACUAUGCAGUGAGGACACUCCAGUCAGUGAUAUGCUUUUUGGGGAAGAUGUGGACAAACGCAUCAAAGAGCUGAC